GGCAACUCUGCUAUUGAUUUGUCAAAUAAAAAAACAUUUACCGCAGAGUUGGACUUGCUACGAAAAAAUUUUUUAUAGAAACAUGGCUAGUAAAAUUGAAACUACAUUGAAAGUGAAUCCUGAAAAAGUUCCUCUUGAAACCGAUCAAGGUAUCUUAGAAAGUGAAGAACGAAAAUGGGGUUUGCCGUUAAAAGAAGUCUACAAACAUGGACUCUCAUUUUAUAAAGAUAAAGAAGGUAAAGCCAUGCACUUGAGUUAUGAAGACAAGUUAAAACUAGUUGCGUACACACAGCAAACAGCACAUGGUCCGUUGAAUGUUAAUUCUGCCCAACCUCUCGGAGUCCUAGAUGUGAUUGGACGAGAUCGUCGUUCGGCAUGGCAAGCGCUUGGACAAAUGUCACAGUUCCAAGCCAUGGCUGGAUUCGUACAUACCUUAGAUAGGUUGUGCCCUUUGUUCAAACCAUAUUUAGAGGCCAUACAGAAAGAUUUGGAGGACAAAAAACAACAAGACCUGAAGAGGCAGGAAGAAGAGAGGGCUCAUCUAGAAUUACAGAACAGAAUAGAACUUGAAAAACAAAAACAACAAAGCACAAAGCUUACAGAGGAACAGCAAGUGCAAAGAAUAAAAGAUGCGUUAAACGCACAGACUUACGAUCAGUUCCUCGAGUACGCUCAGCAACAGUUCCCAGGCAACUUUGACCAGCAAGCGGUCCUCAUACGCCAGCUACAAGACCAGCAUUACCAACAAUAUAUACAACAGCUGGCUGUUGAUAAGAGAUUAGCUAAUUCUAAUAUCGUAAAUAAAGAAGACAGUGAUAAAGAAAAUGAUAAUUCCAUUGUGGAAAUUGAAGACAAUCGUCUAAACCAGAAUGCAGAUGAUGUGGAUAAUAAGUCAAUGCAAACUUAUGAGAAAAAGCAGAUUACGGACUACAAUGAGGAGGAGAAGGCCGAAGAUUCGGAUGAUGACGGUUUCCCGGCGGUGGAGGAGGCGCGCAUGUGGACGCGCGGCGAGGUGGCGGCGUUCAAGCAGUCGGCGUGCGCGGGCGGCGGCCGGCUGGCCGUGGGGCAGGGCGAGACCGUCACCGUGCGCGUGCCCACGCACCGCCGCGCGCGCUGCCUCUGCUGGGAGUUCGCCACCGACAACUACGACAUAGGUUUCGGUCUGUACUUCGAAUGGAGCAAGUCUCCGACUAACGAGGUUACUGUCCACGUAUCGGAGAGUGAUGAAGAGGAAGAAAUCGAUGAUGAUGGAUAUGGUGAUGAAGAGUUCACGAUACAGGAGCACUCGUCGGACCCGGAGCUGGGCGGCGAGCGGCGCGCGGCGGCGCUCGGCCGGCCGCCCGUCAGCCUCGUGGUGCCCAUAUACCGCCGCGACUGCCACACUGAGGUGUAUGCUGGAUCACACACAUACCCCGGCGAGGGAGUUUAUUUACUAAAAUUCGAUAAUACAUACAGUCUCUGGCGAUCAAAAACAUUGUACUACAAAGUAUAUUACACCCAGUAAAUUUAUUUUAUAUAGUAUUGUAGAGCCAUGACAUAAUCUAUCGAUAUACAGGAUGAUUCUUAACCGACAUACUUUGCGUUUAAAUGAUAGCUAUUGAAGUCCUCUAACUACAUAAAACCGUUGAUCCGUCCAUUAGGAAUCACCCUGUAUAACGUAAUAUAUAGUUAUUUAUUGUUUAUAAGUAAAGUUAUACUUUAUGUAUUGCCUGAGAAGUUAUUUUUGUGCAAUAAGAGCUUACAAAUUUUGCUUAAGUAUAAAAAUAUACUAUAAACAUUACAUAAGUAUUUUGUUAUUU